AUGGCCUUCUCGCCCCUCUGGCGCCGUCAGGGGAUGCGCGGCCCGCGAGUCUCCGUCGCCGCGCGACAGUCUUCCUUCUCGGUUUCUCUAUCCUCCACUUCUUUGUCUUCUCCGUCUGCUCUUGCUUUCUCACCUUCUGCACCGAAGUUCCCUAAUUCGUCUUCCGCCUCUUUCUCUUCUUUCCUGCCUGCCGCUGCUUUAUUCUCCACUUUGUCCUCGCUGUCUCCUUUCUCUCUUGCCUUUCCUCUCCCACCUGACGCUGCAGGCGUUACGCCCCCACAGGAGACACGCCUGCACGCCUCCAGGCGGCGCUCUGGUGGCUCCGCACCCCGCGCGAAAUGGGUGCUGUCUCGGUGGCUGGAAGGAGACACGUCAGCCCCGCGCAUGGCGUCUCCGAAAGGCCGACGGCGGCUACUCCGGCAGGGUGUCCCUUCCAGGAAGCGCGGAGAGGCUCGUGUGUCUCCUCAAUCCUGGCUGCCUCCCCACAGGCUCUCGGACGCGUUCUUCGCUGUCGGGCAAAACGAUUCCCGACGCGAUGCCGGAAGAUCCUUUCCUUCCGGGGUUGCUUCGGCGCUGGCUCUUUCGCGUUCCUUCUCCUCGGCACCGCAUGCAUCCCCGUCUCCUCUUUUUCUAGAAAAAUUCUUGAGUGAGAGUGUCCAGGCCUCUUCGUGUGCUCCGCUCUCGACGCAAACGCUACAUGCAUCUCGCUCGCCCGCACCUUCCUCUUCGCCGUCCUUCCCUCCCUCCUCUUCUCCAUCUGCCUCCUCGACUUCUCCAUCUGCCUCUCCAUCUUCUUCCUCUUCUCUCUCUUCUUCCUCUCACUCUUCAUCUUCAGCUGCUUCCUCCUCUCGGUCGUCUUCUGCCGCUGCUUCGCAGACGGUCUGUGCUUCGGUGUCUCUCGUGUCUCCCUGCGAGGAGACGCCAACGUUUUUUGCUUACGGGGCGUCGCAGGACAAGCAGCUGCGUGCGGUGCUUCCUCUCCUUGAGAACUCGACUGAUCCGAGAUUCUUAACGAACCUGCUGCUUUCUCUGCAUGCGCUUCCUGACAUAUGGCGUCAUGUCCUCGCUUCUCCCGCUAUCCGUUCGUGCCGCCUUGUCUUCCCCGUCCCUUCCUUCCCUUUCUCCUCCGCCGUCUCUCCUCACAGUUCCCGGCCGGUUUCUCACUCCCCUUCUGCCUCUCUGUAUGCCCGUUACCUUGCGCAGUUUGGCAUAAAGGAGGCGCACGUCGAAGGCCUCCUGCGGGCGUCGGCGCCCGCCUCUCUCGACCUCCUCUUGCUGCUUGCGCUGCUGCCCCACGUGAGCUUGGCGCAACCGCCCGUCUCCGACUAUAAGCCGUUCGCCCGUCACGUUGAGGCCAGCCGGGACGCACCCCGACCAGGAACCGAAAGCUCGGAAGCUGACGAAAUCGGCGAAAAUACUCAAAUACCUAACGAAGGCGGUCUUCUGAAACUCGACCUCCGAGAGGCCUUGCCACUGCUCCUUGCUGCGUAUCACCCGCAGCGGCCUGGCGUUGAUCGCGACUUGAUUUCUCGUCUCGUCCUCCAUUUCACGCAAGCGUCUCUUCUUCUUCUGCCUCCGGCGUCUCCUCUUUCCUCUCUUCCUUCUCUUCCUCUCGGACCUCGCGCGCUACGGCACCUGCCUCAGGCUCCGCCUCGGUCGCCUUCCGCCCCGGCAGCUUCUCCUGCGAUACGAACGGAAAUUGCUCUUUGGCUGCAACACACUGUCCUCUCUCUCACUCCCCAAACCCUCCGUUUUUUCCCUCAACUUCCCAUUCGCCUCGCAGCAGCCUUGCAUGCGGCUCACGUCCGCCUCCCCCUUCUCCCUUCUCCUCCCCCUUCUUCUCUGCAAGGCGCGUCUUCUCUUGCAACUGCCUCUCCGCCGACUGCGAGGCAAGGACCGCAGACGCACCGCGGGUGGGAGUUUGGCAGGCCGCGAGAAGAAGAAAUUUCCUCGGCAGCAGGCGUCGCGCAGUGGGAAGUUGUUGAUCAAGUUGGAGCCGUCGUGUUGCUGAACCAACUGGAUGUGAUCGAGGAGCUCCUCUGGAAAGUUAACUGGUCGAGGUUAUCUGUGAGCGCAGCUUGCCGCUUCUUCCGGGAGGCGUUCGAUUCCCGGCAUCUGGGCCUCAGUGGUCUCGCCAUGCAGAAAGCCUUCGCCGCGAUCUCCUCCCGGCUCGGCUUGCUCCAAACGUCAGACGUUUUCAAUUUACUCACUGGCAUCCAACAUCUCCAGCACGUGGCCCCCCAGGAGCAACGCGAGAUUGUCUGUAGCAGUGCCGCCUGCCUGGCGCUGAUGUGGCCGCAUGCACGUCGUUUUCUUCCUCUCUUCUCCGUCGAGGAACUCGCCUUUGCUUGUGAAGUUUUCGCCCACGAGGUGUUCGUCGCUGCGCUAUCUGCCAGCGGCGCGCAUCGUCUCAAGACGCUGAGCUAUCGCCGCCUCGCCGUCGAGUGUCGGCGCCAAGAGGCCUGCUCCGCUUUUUUUGAUCAGAACGGCGACGCGUGGCAGCAGCUCUUGGACGCCUUCGUCGCCCGCCGCGCGGCCUGGCCGCUGCAAACCUGGGUGCGAUUUCUCAAGAUGCUGGAGCCUCUGGUGUCUCUACACCAGCUGCGGAACGAGGCGCUUUGCGCGCCGUUUUCUCGGACGCUUGCACCGCCGUCUCCCCUCGUCGGACGCGUGCACCGUCUCUUGUGUCUCUCUUUUGGGCCACCAGACUUUGAAGAUAAAUUGCUCGGCUCUCUGGAAAGUCCAGGCGUGCAUGUAGAUGCCAACGGCGCUUCGCUGCCCGCUGGAGUCCGAGAAAACUUGGCCAUCUUUCGACGCCACCUUGCCACCCUUUCCCUCCACGAAUUGAUCGACUUCCUCGUGGGGAUGAGAACUUAUGGCUACGUGCACCGGCCGCUCCAGCGCUUGGCGCUGACCGAAGCGGUUCGUCGAAUAGAAGACGAGAAUUGGACUCUUCGCCCGGAAGAUAUCUGCAGGCUUCUCGUUGCCUCUGAAGACUUCGUCCUCGGGAAUCCCAUGCGGCGCAUCCUCGAACGCCAGCUCCGGCGGCUGCACGUGGAAACGGAAGACUUGGCUGCUCUGAUGGCUCUGGUGAUCGCCCUGGAGCGGCAGCCGACCCUUGGAGUCGCAGCGCUCUUCGAUCUGAGAAAGCACAUCGACAAUCGCGUCGCGGGUCUGACGGCAGCCGUGGGGGAGUCGGACGUCGCGUACUCUGUUGAGGCGGAGUCUCCGAUGACGGCCGCGCCUGCGACGUCUCCGAAACUUCCCCUCUCUCUUCUGCCUCUCCUUUUCGUGUAUCUUUUUUCGCGUCCAAGUUCCCUCACGGCCUCUUCCUCGCUGCUGCCGAGAGCCUUCUCGGCGUCCGCGCCCCAGGCGACUGCCUCGUCCCCGAGCAACAUCACGUUUCUCUCGCCUCUUUCGUCCUUUCUCCGGACCUUGAUUCCCGAGCUCCUCUCUCCGUUCCUCUCUGCCAUGGACCUCGCCAUGCUCCUCGCCCCCUUGUGCACCACGGAGGCGCCCAUCUCCUGCUACGCUUCCCACUUUCCGACCCUCUCUUCUCUUCCUUCCUUUGUUCGCUUCCUCGAGACACCUGCGUCGCCUCUCUCGCCUGCGCUCCCCGCCUCUGCCGGCACGACACCCGCGCCUUCUUCCGCGACGAAUCUCGGCGCCUCACUCCGCUCCCACGACGAACAGCUGAGGGGCGAGCAGCACCGCCGAGACCGACAACAAACCGCGUCUCCCGCUCUCGCCUCUCUCUCCGUCGCGGAGGCUGCAAGUCAGCGUUUCUCCGGGAACGUGGCGCUCGUGCGCCGACUCUGCCGCGCGGCUCGCCAGGCGGUCCCGUACACGCCUCUCGCGCUCCUCAGGGUGGCGACUGGUCACGCCAUUCUGCAUGCGCAUGCAAAUCAGAUGGUUUUCCUCGCCCGCUCCAACUCACCGACGGCCGCAAGAGAAGGCGAGGCGGCGCGGACGGGCGGCGACGGCCCCAGAGGCGGCACUGGCGCGGGGCACCGAGUCCGCUCCGGAGACUCAGCGGCUCUCGAAGGCAUUGCCGUCGAUCUCGCUCUGGGGCACAUCCCCACGCUCCUGCGCAUGCUGAGACUCCUCGAAAUGGAUGCAGAUCCACGACAUCUUCAGCGCCUUCUGAACGUCCUCCUCGUUGCUGACCUCUCCCUUCUCACCCAGCAUCGCCUGCUCGACUUGAUGGAGGCUUUCGUCGCAGCGAGGACGCGACUCGGACCCGUCCUCCAGCGCCUUCUCUCCUGGUUCUCAGACCGGCUGCUCCGAGUCUCUUCUCCCGCUCCGUGUCUGAUGGACUGUCUCCUCGCCGAGAUUGCACUCUGUGCCGCCGCGCUGGAUUUCCCGCACUCCGCAUUUCAAAGCGCAGCAUUGGCGCGGCUCGGGGUGCUCCAGGGCGCUCUCCAGGCGUCGCUGUCUCCGGCGCCGGCAUCCGCGCAAACCGAAAUCGCCGGAUACAGCCGAUUGUUUGGGCGUGACGACUCGUCUUGGCCUCACGGCGAGGCAGCCGAGCCUGCAGAAUGCCACGUGCAUCACGAAAUCAUUCCCUCCGAGGCACUUCGCGUGCAAAUUCGAAUUCUUCUCGGCCUCGCCCCCACGACGCCGCUGACAAAACGCCUCGUGGACCAUUUUCGAUUCUGCGUGGACCUCGUGGCAAACCGUGUCGAAACAGCGAGACAAGGGAAGGAAGAAAUCCCAGUCCGGGACGAGGAACUGAUCAGUUUAUACGAAAUCUACCUCUGUCUCCUUCUUCGGGCCCCGUCGCACUUACACCUGCAAGAGACAGAUGCUCACGACAGCAAACUGAUCAACUUUCUCCUCAAAGAUCUCCCAAGACUCAAGUGGUUGGAGCGUGAACGAUCUCGAUCUGCGAGUUUUCGCCUGACUGAGGAGAGUCGACAGCUGAGCGCGGCCUUGCGACGACGGGGACUGGACGCGAUGAAGCCCGUGAUUACGGGAAUUUGUUUCUGUCACUUUGCCUCCGUUUCGGCCUCUCGUGACGCGGCUUCGCGGGGCCCCACGGGCGUCGCCCUCGUGUGUGUGCCUGAGGAAGAGACACUCGCCUCCUGGACUGUCGAGGAAGGCGCGGCCGACGAGACGCUGCUGGACAGAGGCGACGGCGGGCGACUGAUCACGCGAGGGGAAGAAGGCCUCGUGGCAAACGAAGGCUGGCGUGGCGAGGAAGAAAACGGCGAGCGUUGGGUCCACGGCAGCGCGUCCUCGAACGCCAGGCCCCUGGUCGCCUUUGGAGAAAGUCGAAGACGCAUCGCGCAUCUGAAAAAAGCGGGUUGGGUGGUCCUUCCUCUCUUCAUCACGCAGUGGCGCCAACUUCGCACCGACUUGGAGAGAGACAAGUUUCUUCGAAAUCUAACGAAUCUCUCGUAG